AUGAAGUACAUCUUGUACAUUUUGUCAUUUCUAACGCUAACUUCACUGGCUUUAUGCUUGAGUUACGAACCAAUAGAUUUUUCAAAGUUACAUCCAGACUCCAUUUUUGAGCAAUUUGAGUAUCCGUCGUUGAAGAACUCGCCAUGGAAACCUUCCAACUCCAAGAAGUACGAUGAAGGAAGGGACGAAAUAGUGGAAUACAAAGGAAAAUGGUCGAUUGAAACGCCUCAUAAGUACCCGGGCUUUUCAAAUGACUCUGGCUUAGUUAUGAAGUCGAGAGCUGCGUAUCAUUCCAUCGCGUAUAAACUUCCGCACCUCAUCACCAACAACAAAAUUGAUGAUGAUGAUGAUGGUGCUGGUGCUGGUGGUGCUGGUGGUGCUGAUGGUGCCAACAACAUCGAUUAUGAUAAACGAGAUUAUGCUAAACAGGAUAAAAGAGACCUUGUUAUUCAAUACGAGGUCAAAGUACAGAGUGAUAAAUGGUCUUGCGGAGGUGCCUAUAUUAAACUUUUGGAUGCAACAUCAUCGUCGUCGUCGUCAUCACUGAACUAUAUCUUCUUCAAUUCAGAAACUCCUUUCCAAAUAAAAUUUGGGCCAGAUGUCUGUGGCAGUGAAAACCAAGUCCACUUUGUGAUCAAUAAAAAAUUGCCCAACGGAACGAUUGAAGCCAAAACACUAAAGAAUCCGCCAAUGGCAAGGAUUAAUGAUAUGAGUAAUUUGUAUACUUUGAUACUAAAGUCUACUACGCUGGAAUUUGAAAUCAGGAUUAAUGGCAAAACGGUCACCAGUGGAAAUGCUCUUGCAGAGUUGAACUUGUUUUCCCCUCCAAUGGUGCCCCCUAAAACUAUCGUUGAUGUAAAUGAUGAAAAGCCUUUAUCGUGGGAUGAUCGUGAAUAUAUACCUGAUCCAAACGUACAACCACCGGAGGGCUAUGAAGAGAAACAUGCUCAUCCAACUAUCCCUGACCCGGAUGCAGUCAAGCCAGUUGAUUGGGAUGAGUCUGAGCCUCGAUACAUUCCAGAUCCAUCAGCUGUGAGACCAUUGGAUGUUGAUCACCAUGCUGGUGAAAAUGGUGAUGACGGCUGGGCUCCACCAUUAGUGAUUAAUCCGAAAUGUAGCACUCUGGGAUGUGGUAAAUGGACACCACCAAUGAUUGUUAACAAUGAUUAUCUUGGCCCUUGGUUUGCACCAGAGAUUAGGAAUCCCAACUAUCAAGGUAAGUGGAAGCCGAGAAUGAUACCCAAUCCAGAUUACCAUGAGCUACAAGCAAGUCCCCUAGUUUUAGACAACCCUAUUGGAGGUAUUGGGUUUGAGUUGUGGACCAUGGAUGGAGAUACUUUGUUUGACAAUAUAUACAUUGGCCAUUCCAUUGAAGAGGCAGAGUGGGUUGGAAACCAGACCUUUGUCCCUAAGUUGGAGUUGGAGUAUGCCAACAAGUUGGAGAAUCCACCACUUGUUAAGAACCAGCCAUUAAAGGCACCUCCUAUAAACUUUGACGAUAUCAUCAGCGAUAACAGUGUGGGAAAUUUUAAGCAAUUUGUCAUUUUCAUCAAACUUUUCUGUUGGAAGGAGUAUAUGGAAUUUAAAGAUUUUGUUAUCCAGUUCCUCAUUGAUCCCAUCCACACCGUGCAGAGGUACCCCUUUCUUACGGUAAUUUAUGCACUCAUUUUCUUAUUUACAUCUACAAUUGGGUUUGGUGUGCUUAGCGUGGUACUUUUUCUCAUUCAAACUGUAUUGGCUGGAACAACAAAUGGUGGUGAUGGAAACAGUGAAGAAAAUGAAGAGCAAGAAGACAAGUAUGCUGCACAUAGAGUCAGAAAAUCAGAUGAUGGUGAUGAUAUCAUUGUUGUAAAUAGAGCUGUGGAUAUCUCAAAGUCUGCUGAUAUUGAGAUUCUUGAGGAAACUCAUGGUGAUGAUAAUAGUAAUAACGUGCGUUUAAGAAAAUAA